AUGCUGUCAAUCCUGUGCCUGGCACUUGGUGGACUGCUGACGGGCACACGUGCUGACCCCGGGGCCCUGCUGCGGCUGGGCAUGGACGUCAUGAACCACGAGGUCCAGAGUGCCAUGGAGGAAAGUCACAUCCUGGAGAAGAUGGCAGCUGAGGCGGGCAAGAACCGGCCAGGGAUGAAACCCAUCAAAGGCAUCACUGAUCUAAAGGUGAAGGACGUCCUGGUGCCUGUUAUCACGCUGAGUUUCGUACCCGAGGUGGGCGUCUUUCAGUGUGUGGCCACCGGCAUGACAAUCACUGGGAAAAGCUUCAUGGGUGGGAACAUGGAGAUCAUCGUGGUCCUGAACAUCACAGCAACCAACCGGCUUCUGCAGGAUGAGGAGACGGGCCUCCCUAUGUUCAAGAGCGAGGGCUGUGAGGUCAUCUUAGUCAGUGUGAAGACCAACCUGCCUAGCAACAUGCUACCAAAGGUGGUCAACAAAUUCCUGGACAGCACCUUAAACAAAGUUCUCCCCGGCCUGAUGUGCCCAGCCAUUGAUGCAGUCCUGGUGUAUGUGAAUAAGAAGUGGGCCAACCUGAACGCCUCCAUGCCUGUAGGCCAGGUGGGCACUGUCAAAUACGUCCUGUCAUCCACACCAACCACGACGGCAAGUUACAUUCAAGUGGACUUAAACCCCGUAGUACAGAAGCAAGAGGGAGACACCAUUGAGCUUCCUGAUACCGGGGGGGCACUUGAAGCCCCCAAGGACUAUGCUGAAGGAUCGUCACAGGUGCUGCUUACAGCUGCCUUCCUCACAGCUGAGCUCACCCUCCUGCAGAAGUCUUUUAACGUGAAAAUCCCGAAGUCAAAGGUGAGUUGCCCAGAACUCACCACAGGGACACUGGCUGGUUUCAUCCCUGAAGUGGCUAAGGCUUAUCACAAGCCAAAGUCCUUGGUGACCAAGAUAAAGAUAAACAAGCCCCCCAAGGUCACCAUGAAGACAGGCAAGAGUCAGCUGCACCUCCAUGGCACCAUAGAGAUGUUGGCUUUUCGGCGGAAGCGCAAGGCUCUUGUGUCCCUCUUCCUACUAGAAACACACUUCAACCUGGAAAUCCAGUACUCAGUGCAUGAGAGCAAGCUGCAGAUGACCACUUUGCUGGACAGAAUAUUGAGCCUAUCCCGGGAGUCCUCAUCCAUCGGCCCAUUCAACGAGGAGAAACUGACUGACUUCAUGGCCACUUAUCUCCGAGAGGCCUACGUUCCGGUUGUCAAUGAUGUGCUCCAGGUCAAGUUCCCGCUCCCAGAUUUUCUGGGCAUGAGUUACAACAGAGCUGAACUGGACAUAGUGGAGAAUGCCCUGGUGAUGAAGUUGAAGUUGGAAUGA